UCAGGACACAGUGGCGUUUAUACCAGAACACGUACUUACACCAUGUCGUUGAUGCAGUAAUUCUGGUGAGCAACAAUAUAUUUAGAUUUCAUCAUGGACUCGCUGAUUGACGGACUGGAUUCCGAGAAAUGGCAGGAGACUGACGAGUCCAGUCUAGGAGAAGGUUUUGUGACGUAUCAUUUGAAUAGGAACCACAAACGUGUGGAUACAAACAGUAUCCUUGUGCUGAUUGCCGUAGAGGACGGAGAAGGGAAACACGUGACCCUGGCCGGCACGAAGGCCAACAAAGAUCCCCUCAAAAAUAUUGGUCAGUGUGACCUCAAACUAGACGCGGACGAGAAGUUCAUCGUUGGUAUCAACCUGGAUGGUGACUGUGUUGUGUGUAAAUAGGCAUCGGCAGUCCUCGCUGCUCAAAUAUUAACAAAACAGAAAAGAACAAAAAAACUUACGUUUUCAUGGUGUAAAUCGAUUUGACAAACAUGGAUAUGUUUUAACAUUGUUUGGUGCCGUUGGUAAAUGUUUAUAUUUAGAGGAAAUGAGAAUCUGAACCUGUAGGAAAGACUAUGUCUGUCAAUGGUAGCUUGAUAAUGCGUUGCUCGUAAAUAAAGACAGAUGUAUAUAUAUAUGAUCCUA